GGAAUCCUAAUUUUCUCUCUCUAAACUCUCAAUUUUGCGAUCUCAUCUUUUCCCGAAAACCUUACCCGAAAACCCUAGACCUUAUGAUCGCAAUAUCAUCAAUUCAUAAAACAAAAUCAAAUUAUCUCAUCUCUUUCCUAAAACAUUGAUGAUUUCAGAUUAACUUCUCAAUUCAUAUGAUCUGAUAUCUUUUCUGCUAAUUUUUAUAAUUCGUACACAAUCCACAACAGUUGGAAUUGGAAUUUUAAUUGAAUUUGAAAACUUCAAUUCAGUCUUUGAUUAGGGUUUCAGUUUCUGGAAAACGUUUCAUCAGUUCUUACAAUUAGGUUUGGUAAAUGGUUAACUCGAAGUUCAAUUCAAUAUGAAGCUCAAGAGGAGGAGGGCUUCUGAAGUGCCUCCAAAGAUCAGGUUGUUCAUUAAUAGUGUUACGUCGACUCCCCUUGAGAAUAUACAGGAGCCCCUUAAAAGUUUUGUAUGGGACUUUGACAAGGGGGAUUUCCACCACUGGGUGGAUCUUUUUAAUCAUUUUGACUCGUAUUUUGAGAAGCACAUAAAACCUAGGAAAGAUUUACGCCUUGAGGAUGAUUUUUUGGACUGUGAUCCUCCAUUCCCAAGAGAAGCUGUUCUUCAGAUACUCUGUGUUAUGAGGAUCAUUUUGGAGAAUUGCACAAACAAGCAUUUUUUGAGUUGUUAUGAGCAUCUAUCAUCUUUGAUGGCUUCUGCUGAUGCCGAUGUUGUUGAAGCUAGCCUGCAGACUCUGGCUACGUUUUUGAAAAAGACAGUAGGGAAGUAUUCAAUUAGAGAUGCUUCUCUGACUUCUAGGUUGCUUGCUUUUGCUCAAGGCUGGGGUUGUAAGGAAGAAGGACUUGGGCUAACUGCAUGUGCGUUGGAAAAUGGAUGUGAUACUGUUGCAUAUGAGUUAGGGCGUACCCUUCAUUUUGAAUUCUAUAGAGUGAACGUAUCAUCUACAGAAGCUGCAGGAGGGCUUCAAACUAUUCAUCUGUCCGAUGUUCAUUAUCGCAAAGAAAGUGAUCUUGAGCUUUUGAACAUGCUUGUCAAAGAAUAUGGAGUUCCUCCCAACUUAAGAUUUUCUUUGUUUAGUAGACUGCGGUUUGCAAGGGCCUUUGGGUCUUUAGCUUCACGUCAGCAGUAUACAUGCAUUCGGUUGUAUGCUUUUAUGGUUCUCGUUCAAGCAAGCAGUGAUGCUGAUGAUUUGGUAUCCUUCUUUAACACUGAACCUGAAUUCACCAAUGAGUUGGUCUCAUUAUUAAGUUUUGAGGAUUCAAUUCCAGAGAAAAUCCGAAUAUUGAGUCUGCGUGCUUUAGUUGCUCUUUCUCAAGAUAGGUCCCGCCAGCUCCCUGCCGUUCUUGCUUCCGUGACCUCUGGUGGACAGCGUGGAAUUCUUUCCAGUCUCAUGCAGAAGGCAAUUGACUCAGUCUCCAAUGGUUCUUCGAAGUGGUCUGUUGUUUUUGCGGAGGCUCUCUUGUCACUUGUCACUGCUUUAAUCUCCUCUCCAUCUGGUUGUUCUGCAAUGCGUGAAGCUGGAUUUAUACCAACUCUUUUGCCUCUUCUUAAGGAUACAAAUCCUCAACACCUGCAUUUAGUUGGUACUGCUGUGCAUGUUCUUGAGGGUUUCAUGGAUUAUAGUAAUCCAGCUGCAGCAUUGUUUAGAGACUUGGGGGGCUUAGAUGAAACUAUUAAUCGCCUAAAGGUGGAGGUAUCUGCUAUAGAGGAUGGUUUGCAGCAACCAUAUUCUGACUAUAGCAGGACGGGUACUGAGGUUACCUUGGGUGCAUCAGCUGUCCUAGAUGACAUUCAACCCCUUUAUUCAGAGUCCUUGCUUGCUUAUCAUAGACGUCUGCUACUAAAAGCUUUGCUUCGUGCUAUUAAUCUCGGAACUUAUGCUCCUGGGAGCACUGGUCGUAUAUAUGGUUCUGAGGAGAGCCUGUUACCCCAAUGCUUGUGCAUUAUAUUUCGAAGAGCAAAGGAUUUUGGUGGUGGGGUGUUCUCACUUGCUGCCACUGUUAUGAGUGAUCUUAUUCAGAAGGAUCCUACAUGCUUUGCUGCUUUAGAUGCUGCUGGUCUACCAUCUGCCUUCAUGGAUGCUAUAAUGGAUGGUGUACUUAGCUCUGCAGAUGUCCUAACAUGUUUACCUCAGUCCCUUAAUGCCUUAUGCCUUAACAACAAUGGUCUUCAGGCUGUGAAAGAUCGUAAUGCGUUGAGUUGUUUUGUAAAAAUAUUUACUUCAAAAGCAUAUUUACGUGCCUUAGCUGGGGAUGCUCCUGGGGCCUUGUCUAGUGGACUCGAUGAACUUAUGCGUCAUGCUUCCACAUUGCGUGGUCCUGGGGUUGAUAUGCUGAUUGAGAUUUUGAAUACAAUUUUAAAACUUGGGUCUGUGGAUGAAGUUGAUUCUUCGCCAUCAGUUGAUUCUAUACCCUGCCCAGCUCCUGUUCCAAUGGAGACUGAUUCAGAUAUUAGGAGCUUAUCUACACUUGAUGAGAAGGAAUUACCGACAGGAAGUACUGACCCAAUUGAUCUGUCAUCUGAUGCUACCUUAGGAAAUGUGGAGUCAUAUCUUCCAGAUUAUGUUAGCAAUGCUUGUCGACUUCUUGAGACUAUUCUUCAGAAUUCUGAAGCAUGUCGCCUAUUUGUUGAGAAGAGAGGGAUUGAAGCUGUAUUGCAGAUGUUUUCAUUGCCGUUAUUGCCUGUUUCAGUUUCAGUUGGUCAGAGUGUUUCCGUUGCUUUUAAAAACUUUUCAGCACAGUAUUCCGCUUCUCUGGCAAAGACUGUGUGUUCGUUCCUGAAGGAGCAUUUGAAUAUAACAAUUGAAGUACUGAACUCAAUUGAAGGAACUCCUCUCGUUAAUCUGGAACCUGCAAAACAGACCAAAGUCAUGAGAUGUCUUACAAUUUUGGAAGGCAUCUUAUCCUUUUCCAUUUCCAUGUUAAAAGGUACUACGACAGUUGUAUCAGAGCUGGGCGCUGGAGAUGCUGAUGUGUUGAAAGAUAUUGGCAGGGUGUAUAGGGAAGUGCUCUGGCAGAUCUCUUUGUCCUGCGAUACUAAGGUUGAACCGAAACAAAGUGUUGAAGUAGAAACCGAAAAUGCUGAUGCAGCUUCGUCCACUGCAACUGGGAGAGAAAGUGACGAUGACACAGGCAUUCCAAUUGUCAGAUAUAUGAACCCUGUUAGUAUAAGGAGUGGUUCUCAAUCUCAAUGGGCCAGAGAGCGCGAUUUUCUGUCGGUUAUUCGUUCAGGUGAGGGAUUAAGUCGUCGUAAUCGACAUGGAUUGACACGUAUAAGAGGUGGGAGGACUGGCCGCCAUCUAGAUUCUUUUAACACGGAUUCAGAAGUUCCAGCAAAUGUGCUUGAGCCUUCCUCCUCACUGGAACACAAAAAGAAAAGCCCAGAUAUUCUUGCAUCCGACAUCCUUGCUAAGCUUUCUGGUACCAUGCGCUCAUUCUACACUGCACUCUUAAAGGGCCUAAGUUCACCAAAUCGCCGCAGAGCUGAGUCAGGGUUGAUGAGUUCUGUUGCAAAGAAUAUUGGGACCGUUCUUUCCAAAAAUUUUCUGGAGGCCCUUAAUUUCUCUGGGUAUUCUAAUCCGGCAGGGCUUGAUAUGUCAUUGUCAGUAAAAUGUCGUUAUCUUGGAAAAGUUGUACAUGAUAUGGCAGCUCUUACAUUUGACAGCAGGCGUCGGAUUUGUUACACAGCGAUGGUGAAUAAUUUCUAUGUUAGUGGUGCCUUUAAGGAACUCCUGACCACUUUUGAAGCCACCAGUCAAUUAUUAUGGUCACUACCUCCCUCAAUUCCUAUGUCUGGUAUCGACUCAGGGAAGGCCAGUGAAGGAAGCAAAUUGGAGCAUAACUCUUGGUUGCUUGAUACGUUGCAGUGUUAUUGUCGCCUGCUGGAGUACUUUGUGAAUUCUUCUCUACUUCUCUCUCCAACUUCUCCAUCCCAGGCUCAGCUGCUUGUUCAGCCUGUUGCCGUUGGCCUGUCAAUAGGAUUGUUUCCUGUUCCAAGAGAUCCAGAAGCAUUUGUCCGCAUGCUCCAGUCUCAGGUUCUUGAUGUGAUACUUCCUGUGUGGAACCACCCCAUGUUUCCUCAUUGCAGUGCUGCUUUUACUACUUCUGUUCUUUCACUUGUUUCACACAUAUAUUCUGGGGUUGGAGAAACAAAACGUAAUCGCAGCGGUGUGACGGGGAGUUCAAGUCAGCGUGUAGCUCCGCCACCCGAUGAAGCUACUAUCUCUACCAUUGUUGAGAUGGGGUUCUCAAGGGCAAGAGCCGAGGAGGCUCUGAGACGAGUGGAGAGUAAUAGUGUGGAGAUGGCCAUGGAUUGGUUGUGCACCCAUGCUGAAGAUCCUGUGCAUGAGGAUGAUGAACUGGCACAGGCUCUUGCAUUGUCAUUAGGGAGUUCAACAGAAACGUCUAAGGCUGAUAACAAUGACAAGUCAGUUGAUACCCUGGCCGAGGAGGGACAGAUGAAGGCCCCACCUGUUGAUGAUAUACUUGGAGCAUCAAUGAAGUUGUUUCAAAGUGGAGACUCUUUGGCGUUUCCCUUGACUGAUUUGCUUGCAACACUUUGCAAUCGAAACAAGGGUGAAGACCGUCUUAAAGUUGCAUCUUAUCUAAUACAACAGCUGAAGCUUUGUUCUUCUGAUUUGUCAAAUGAUGCUAGUGCUGUGUCGUCUAUAUCACACAUUUUAGCAUUGCUUCUAUCUGAAGAUACAGAUGCUAGGGAAAUUGCUGCUCAGAAUGGUAUUGUCCCAGUUGCUAUUGACAUCUUGAAGAAUUUAAGGGGCAAUCAGCUUGGAAAGGAUGUUUUGACCACAAAAAGCACUAGUGCUUUGCUGCUUAUAUUGGAUAAUUUGUUGCAAUCAAAACCCAAAAUUUCCUCUGCUCAUGCAGGGGUAGCUUCAGCUGAUGCACUUCCUGAUUCAGCUGGAGAGCAUGUCUCGGUAGCAGCUUCAGUACCUGACAUUGAGAAAAAGGUUAUAUCAGAUGCUUGUGAGGAGUCUUUCUUUGCUUUUGAGAAAAUAUUUGGAAAGUCGACUGGUUAUCUUUCGAUGGAAGAGUGUCAUGCUGUACUUGAGAUUGCAUGUGAUAUGCUAAAACAGCAGGUUCCGGCAGUAAUCAUGCAGGCAGUGUUACAACUUUGCGCUCGCUUAACUAAAACACAUGCGUUGGCCUUGCAAUAUCUUGAAAAUGGAGGCAUGGCUGCUCUGUUCGAUCUGCCGAGAAGUUGUUUCUUUGCUGGUUAUGACACUCUGGCAUCUGCAAUUAUCAGGCAUUUGCUUGAAGAUCCUCAAACUCUGCAAACUGCCAUGGAAUUGGAGAUUCGGCAAACACUGAUUGGAGGUCGUCAUUCUGGACGUGUUCCUACUCGAAUAUUUUUGACAUCAAUGGUACCUGUCAUCUCUAGAGAUCCUGUAAUAUUUACAAAGGCUGCUGCAGCAGUUUGUCAAUUAGAGUCAUCUGCUGGGAGAACUGUUGUUGUUUUUUCAAAGGAAAAAGAGAAGGAAAAGGACAGAUUUAAAGUAACUGGUGCUGAGGCUGCAUUACCUUCCAGUGAGCCUGUUCGAAUACCUGAAAUGAAGGUCCAGGAUGGGCCAGGAAAAGGUUCAAAAGGUCACAAAAAGAUCCCUGCUAAUCUUGCUCAAGUAAUAGAUCAGCUUCUUGAGAUAAUUUUGCAAUUCCCUUGUUCAAACAGCCAGGAAGAUUGUUCAAGCUACCAAGCAGCCAUGGAGGUAGAUGAACCUAUUACAAAUGUGAAAGGUAAAUCAAAGAUUGAUGAGGUCGCUAAGGGGGAUUCCGUUGUCCUACCUGAAAGAUCAGCAGCUCUUGCUAAGGUUAUUUUUGUCUUGAAAUUGUUGAGCGACAUUCUUCUGAUGUAUGUUCAUGCAAUAAGUGUUGUAUUAAGACGGGAUUCAGAAAUUUGUCAGCUGCGGGUUUCUUCUCAGCUUGAUUCUCCUGGACAGGGUGGCGUGGUACACCAUGUGUUACACAAGCUUCUUCCUCUCUCUUCUGAUAAGUCUAGUAAACCUGGUGAUUUAAGGGAGAAAUUAUCUGAAAAGGCUUCAUGGUUUCUGGUAGUCUUGUGUGGACGUUCUAGUGAAGGGCGCAGACGAGUCAUUAGUGAGCUCGUUAAGGCCUUGUUGUUGUACUCUAACUUGGGUAGCAACUCUCUUCAAAGCAGUUUGUUGCCAGAUAGAAAAGUUCUAGCAUUUGUGGAGUUGGUCUAUUCUGUCUUGUCCAAAAAUACUUCCUCAAGUAGCUUAUCUGUCUCUGGCUAUUCGCCUGACAUUGCACGAGGCAUGAUAGAUGGAGGAGUUGUGCCGUGUUUGUCCAGUAUUCUUCAGGCUAUUGAUUUGGACCAUCCAGAUGCUUCUAAAGUUGCAAAUUUCAUUCUGAAGGCUUUGGAAAGCUUAACUCGGGCCGCUAAUGCAAGUGAGCAACCACAUAAAUCUGAUGUCCAGAACAAAAAGAAGUCUAAUGGUUCUCAAGGGAGAUCUGAUGAUCAGACGACUAAUGCAUCAGCCAACGUCAACACUCAGCAUAAUGAAAACCAAAGCAGUGAGCAGGAAGCCAGGGAUGCACAGGUUGAUGGACCCAACCCUCAUGAAGGUGCUGGGUGUACAGAAAAUAAUCAUGGUACUGACGUGGCUAGGUCAGAUAAUCAAGAUAUGAGGGCUGAGGGGGAAGGGAUGCAAGUAACAGAUGCAGCUGUGGAGCUUGCAAUGGAGUUUACAGGUGAUGAGAUGGAAGAAGGUGAUCUAAUGCACGAUGGUAACCGAAUUGGUAUGGAAUUCCAUAUUGAACAUCGAGCUGAUGACGGUGCUGGUGACGAAGAUGAUGACAUGGGGGGUGAAGGUGAGGAGGAAGAUGAGGAGGAGGAUGAUGGUGAGGACGAAGAUGAGGAUAUUGCUGAAGAUGGAACUGCUCUAAUGUCUCUUGCAGAUACUGAUGUGGAUGAUCAUGAUGAUGCAGGAUUUGGAGAUGAGUACCAUGAUGAAAUGAUUGAUGAUGAGGAGGAUGAUUAUCAUGAAAACCGGGUCAUAGAGGUAAGGUGGAGGGAGGCCUUGGAUGGAUUUCAUCAUCUGCAGGUUGCCCAGUCUGGAAGUGGUCUCAUUGAUGUUCCUUCAGAACCCUUUGAAGGUGUGAAUGUUGAUGACCUUUUUGGGCUAAGAAGAACCUUAGGUUUUGAGAGACGUCGACAGACAACUAGGUCUUUUGAUCGAAAUAAUACAGAUGGGGGUCUCCAGCAUCCUCUGCUCUCGAGGCCACCUCAAUCAGGCGACGCUUCAUUAUGGUCAUCAGGUGGCAAUGUAUCUAGGGAUUCAGAAUCUUCAUCAGGAGCAGGAACUGAUGUUUCUCAAUUUUACAUGUUUGAUACUCCUCCUUUCCUUUAUGAUUUUGGACCAGCUAGCCUAUUUGGUGACCGUUCAGGCGGAACAGCACCUCCACCAUUGACUGAUUACUCAGUUGGUAUGGACUCAUCACAAUUAGCCGGGCGAAGGGGACCAGGUGAUGGUCGAUGGGCUGAUGAUGGUCAGCCGCAAGCUGGCAAUCAAGCAUCUGCCAUCGCCCAGGCCGUGGAAGAAGUUUUUGUUUCUGUUUUACGUGGUGCUUCUUCGACCGAGACUCCAGUUGGAAUGCAGUCCCAGAAUACGAGUCAGCCCGAACAACAGCUUGGUGCUGGGGAAAAGAGUGAUUCUCAUGUAGAAAUGGAGGGAGAUCCCUCACACGGGGUCCAUGGACAUAGUGAGGUACAAAUUGAAAAUAGUGAAAGUGAACCUCUGCAAACAAAUCAACAGGACAUUGUUUCAGUUCAAGGUAACAUCAAUUCACAGGCUGUGGCAGAGGAAGGAGCAGCCCAUGAAAGUGAAAUCUUAUCUAGUAACCCAGCACUUCAUAGCAUGGAAUUUGAGAAUGAAAAUGAUCCUUCUAAUGAUUUGACGAGGACAGAUCUACAGCCUUCCCUGUCAGUAGACCCUGUACAGCACGGAGCAGAUUUAGGAGAGCUAGAUAAUCUACGUGAUGAUCAAAUGCAGGUUGGUCUGACAGAUGUAUCUUCCGGAACUGGCCAAAUUAAUAAUGAUGUGAACAAUCCUGAACAAGCGAUGUUUGAUCAAGUCGAGCACCCUUCAGUCGGGGCUAGCCCUGAUACUGAGAUGAAUGGGGCAGGUGAUGAGCCAGUCCAAACCAAUCAGCUCCUCCCUGCUUCUGAGAUUAAUGAGAUUAAUGGGGAAGAUGAUGAGCCAGUUCAAACCAAUCAGCUCCCACUUGCUUCUGGGAGUAGUGAGCCAGUAUCUAUUCAGAAUGUUUUGGGGAAUGUUUCAAUGGAAUCUGACCAUGUAGGAGCUAAUGUUGAGCCCGCUGGCACAAAUGCAAUUGAUCCAACCUUCUUGGAGGCUCUCCCAGAAGACUUACGAGCUGAAGUAUUAGCUUCUCAGCAAUCGCAGUCAGCUCAACCCCCUACAUAUACUCCACCUUCAGUAGAAGACAUUGAUCCCGAGUUUCUUGCUGCACUGCCUCCUGAUAUCCAAGCUGAAGUUUUGGCCCAGCAACGAGUACAGAGGCUGGCUCAGCAGAGUGAAGGACAACCAGUUGACAUGGAUAAUGCUUCUAUAAUUGCCACUCUUCCAGCUGAUUUGCGUGAGGAGGUACUCUUGACAUCAUCUGAAGCAGUUUUAUCAGCUUUGCCUUCUCCGUUACUCGCAGAAGCGCAGAUGCUUAGGGAUAGAGCAAUGAGUCAUUAUCAGGCUCGCAGUCAUUUUGGAAGCAGCCAUAGACUAACUCAACGCAGGAAUGGUCUGGGCUUUGAUCGACAGUCUGUCAUGGACCGGGGUGUUGGAGUAACCAUUGGACGAAGAACAGGUGCUGCCCUUUUAGAUGUCCUGAAAGUGAAAGAAGUUGAAGGUGAGCCCCUUCUGGAUGGAAAUGCGCUAAAGGCAUUGAUAAGGCUCUUACGCUUGGCACAGCCUCUUGGCAAAGGGCUUUUGCAGAGACUUUUGUUAAAUCUGUGUGCUCAUAGUGUCACCAGAGCAACUUUAGUUCGUCUUUUGCUCGAGAUGAUCAAGCCUGAGGCUGAAGGUACAGCUGGAAGUCUUUCAGCCAUCAAUCCCCAGAGGCUCUAUGGUUGCCCCUCAAAUGUGGUCUAUGGUCAUUCCCAGUUGUUAGAGGGUCUUCCACCCUUGGUUUUGCGUCGUGUUCUUGAGAUUUUAAAUUAUUUGGCCACCAAUCAUUCUGCUGUUGCAAACACAUUGUUCUACUUUGAGCCAUCACUUUUGCCCGAAUCUUUCCAGAAGUAUGCAGUAAACAAAAAGGGAAAGGGCAAAGAAAAAGUAGGGGAAGGUGGAGUGCCUCCAAACUCUGAUCAGGAAUACAAGGAAGGGGGUACUCCUUUAAUAUUGUUGUUGAAGCUUUUGAAUCGCCCUCUUUUCCGUCGUAGCAUUGCUCAUGUUGAGCAGGUUAUGGGUCUGCUUCAAGUGGUGGUCUAUACUGCAGCGUCAAGAUUAGAGAGCCCGUCUCUCCCUGAGCAGGUCUUAGAUGAUUCUCAGAAUCUGCCUAGUAAAGCUUCUGAUGAGGUAGAAAGAGAUGUUGCUUUGGUGGAAACAGAGACUAAUAAACAGAAUAAAGUUGAAAAUGGGGAACCCUCUAUAUCUGAUAGGAGUACAGGUCAUAAUAUCCAUGAUGUCUUCACGCAGCUGCCAAAAUCUGAUUUGCGUUAUCUCUCCCGUCUUCUUGGCUAUGAGGGGCUCUCAGACAAAGUGUACAUGCUUGCUGGUGAGGUGCUAAAGAAGUUGGCUUCAGUGAUUGCCUCUCACCGUAAGUUUUUCACGCAAGAGCUUUCAGAUCUUGCGCAAGAUUUGAGUAGUGCAGCUGUGUCUGAGCUUAUAACCCUGAAGAACACGCGAAUGAUGGGUCUCAGUUCUGGUUCUAUGUCUGGUGCUGCUAUGCUUCGAGUAUUGCAAGCACUUAGCUCACUAAUUUCCCAGAGUGUUGAUGGCACUAGUUGCAAAGAGAGUAACGAGGUGGAGGAGCAACCCAUUUUGUUGAAGUUGAAUUCUGCCCUGGAACCUUUGUGGCAGGAACUUAGCGACUGUAUUAGCACAACCGAGUCAGCGUUGGGACAAAGCACUUUAUCACCAAUCAUGGCUUCUAUGAGUGUUGGAGAUGGUGUUGGGGAUGGUGUUGCUGGAUUAUCUCUCUCAUCCCCCCCUCUUCCUCCUGGGACACAGAGACUCUUGCCAUUCAUUGAGUCUUUCUUUGUUCUGUGUGAAAAGCUGCAGUCAAGCAAUACAUUUGUUCACCAGGAUCAAACAAAUGCAACUGCUCAAGAAGUUAAAGAAUCUGCUGAUGCUUCUUCCUCAGCACCGACAAAGUGUGGUGGUGAUUCUCAGAGAAGAUUUGACAGUGCUGUCAUAUUUUCAAGGUUUGCUGACAAACACCGUCGACUUUUGAAUGCAUUUAUCAGGCAGAAUCCAGGGUUGCUGGAAAAGUCGCUAUCUAUGAUGCUGAAAGCACCUCGUCUCAUCGAUUUUGAUAACAAGAGGGCAUACUUUCGUUCUAGAAUCAGGCAACAGCAUGAGCAACACCAUGCUGGGCCACUCAGAAUAAGUGUUCGCCGGGCAUACGUUCUUGAAGACUCAUAUAAUCAGCUGCGAAUGAGAUCGAAUCAGGAUCUGAAGGGGCGAUUGAAUGUUCAGUUUCAAGGUGAAGAGGGAAUUGAUGCUGGUGGCCUAACAAGAGAGUGGUACCAGUUAUUGUCAAGGGUUAUCUUUGAUAAGGGUGCACUACUGUUCACCACCGUCGGAAAUGAUGCAACCUUCCAGCCAAACCCUAAUUCUGUUUACCAGACUGAACAUCUAUCAUACUUCAAAUUUGUUGGCCGUGUGGUUGCCAAGGCCUUAUUCGAUGGGCAACUUUUGGAUGUGUACUUCACCCGUUCCUUCUACAAGCAUAUUUUGGGCGUGAAGGUCACCUAUCACGACAUUGAGGCUGUUGAUCCAGAUUAUUAUAAGAAUUUGAAGUGGUUGCUGGAGAAUGAUGUCAGUGAUAUUCUUGACCUUACUUUUAGCAUGGAUGCAGAUGAGGAGAAACUUAUUUUGUAUGAGAAAACACAGGUCACUGAUCAUGAGCUUAAACCUGGAGGGAGAAACAUAAGGGUUACAGAAGAAACAAAGCACGAGUAUGUAGAUCUUGUUGCUGACCAUAUUUUGACAAAUGCAAUCCGCCCUCAAAUCAAUUCAUUUCUCGAAGGUUUUAAUGAACUGGUGCCUCGGGAGCUAAUUUCCAUUUUCAAUGAUAAAGAGCUUGAACUCCUUAUAAGUGGACUUCCAGAAAUUGACUUGGAUGAUUUGAAGGCCAACGCUGAAUAUACUGGCUACACAGUUGCUUCCAAUGUCAUUCAGUGGUUCUGGGAGGUUGCAAGUAGCUUCAGCAAGGAAGACAUGGCAAGGUUGCUACAAUUUGUCACUGGAACGUCAAAGGUACCGUUGGAGGGUUUUAAAGCAUUGCAAGGUAUCUCUGGUCCUCAAAGAUUUCAGAUACACAAAGCAUAUGGAGCUCCCGAGCGGCUUCCAUCUGCUCAUACAUGUUUCAAUCAAUUGGACCUUCCUGAAUAUUCUACCAAGGAACAGCUUCGAGAGAGGUUACUUCUUGCUAUUCAUGAAGCCAGUGAAGGCUUUGGCUUCGGCUGAUCCUGGUUAUUGCAUCAUACAGCCUGAAAAGAAGCACCUUCAAGUUCCCGUCAAUAAUUCUGUACAUAAUUACCAGCAAAUUGAAGGCUCGUAAUCUGAAAGGCUGACCAUUGACUUUUUUAGCUGAUGAUGGUUGGAGUUGAAUGUUCGUUGGGGCUAUCAGUCGAGAAAUUUCUUGAGUUGUAGCCUUGCCAAGCAGUGGGUUGAUCUUUGCCUCUGAUACUUGGAGGUUGGAACUUGGAAGGGCCUGAUUAUACAUAUAACUAGCCUUUUGAUUUUUAUUUUUUUUGGAAUAGCUGUUCAUAUCUGGUUUUUUGUUAACGUCUACAGUAGGCAGCUAGGCAAAUUCUUCUGACCCCGCUGGUGAUAUCAUUUAGAAAAUGGUGUAUAUGGCCAAUUGGCUAUUUUAGUUCCAAAUAAAUCAGCUCUUGAAGAAUUCUGUAUAAUAUUACUUGCCACAGCUUAAAUCUGUUUGCAGUUAAUCUUUUUGACUUAA